AAUGCCCAGGCCCAGUUAAUGUGAUGGCGGGUGAAGGAGGCUCAAGCACGGCAGAUCAUGGGAGCAACAACACCCUCCCACAGGCAGGCAUGGCCAGCAGAGAACCUGCUGGCUUUACCUGUGUCUCUGCUGAGUCUGCGCGCUCUUGCUGUCCGGGGGCUACGUCGGAGGCCGGGGGCGACUGCGCCGGGCGCAGAGAGUCGGGUGGAAGAGUUGGUGUGGCGGCGAUCGAUGUCUGGGAGACUCGCGGACGGCUGGGAGGUGAUGGACGGCGUUCUGGGAGCCGGGAGCGGAGGGGCGACAGCGGAAAGUUUUCUCCGGUGGUGUAUUCUGAUGGAUCAGUAUGUCGACAUCAAAUAACGUCGCCCAGGCCAGGAAGCUGGUGGAGCAGCUGAGGAUCGAGGCGGGAAUCGAACGCAUUAAGGUUUCCAAAGCGUCGGCGGAGCUGAUGAGUUACUGUGAGCAUCACGCUCGUAGCGACCCUCUGCUGGUUGGGGUGCCGACCUCCGAGAACCCCUUCAAGGACAAGAAGCCCUGCAUCAUCCUAUAGCUCCUCCUGCCACACACACACACACACACUUCAAUGCACACGCACACAUACAAUCCCAAAAUAGCCUCUCUGGAAAAAGCGCCAUACCCCGGAGCCACCGCCAGGGGGCAGGUAUCUGGUCCUCUCUGCAGUGUCAGCAUAGAGUUGAGAUCCAAGGUGCUUUUGGUCAUAUUUACUUUAUGCUGGUGAAAUAACUACCAAGUGCAAACUUAACUUUAAAUAGGGAUUUGGACAUUAAACGAGUCGUUUCUUUUGUCAUGAAACGAGUGGGUUUGGGGGUCAGCAGUGCCAUAUAGGCACGAGGUGGGAGGAUGCAUAUGGGCGGUAUCGGUGCCAAACACGACCCGGCGUCCCAUUGAAAGCUCAAUAAGAACAACGGAAAAAAUAGAGAACCUUUAAAAGAAGGUCUGAGAGCUUUGCCCGCCGACCGGCCUGUGCAUGGUGAUUUUGGAGCGAGUGGCCUUUGCCUUUUUAAAUCGGGCGAGCAUGUUCCCCGCCCCAAACCUAUUGCGUCAGACCUUCUCUUUGCCUUCACCCUCCAAGGAAGUCACCUCUCAUCUGCAACAGGAAGUCACCUCUCACCUGCAACAGGAAGUCACCUCUCUGAUCAUCUCUUACCUGUGAGGGGAACAACCGCUCUAGACCUCCAGCUAUCGACCCUGGACGUGUACCUGACGUUUUUAUUCAGAAGUUUCCCUGUUUGUGAACUUAAAUGUAGGUUUUUGAUGUAUUUUGUUGAAGCGUUAUUUGACAGACGAGAUAAAUGUUGUUUUAUUUGUUUAUUAGAAUUUUGCUUUGACAUCUGGACCCCUGCUGAGCAGCGUCAGUGACAGUAUGGCUGCCCACUAGGUUCUGAAGCUGAAGGCUCUCUCGUUGUGCUUGACCCUGAAAGAGGGCGGGGCUGACCUCACCCCGAGGACUGGCGUGCAUGACGCCGGCUGGAGGAGGAAACCCAAAAGUAAAAAGUUAAAUUAUAAAUGAGAUAUUUAUAUUUCUCACUUUCUCCGCUUAUGUUUGAUUCGCAUUUUGUAUUAAGUUAAUGGUGUAUCUCUCUCCUCCUCUCCCUAGAGGUAUAUUCUGUUGGAUUGGGUCGUGUGUUCAUAAUAAUUAUUGCUUUAAAUCAGAAUACAGACGUAUCUGACACAUUUAACAUGUCCAGUCUCCCCAGUCGAUAAGCUGAGCUCAAACUGGUCAGUUACUGUUCUCUCCCGUCCUCCUCUCCUCCUCCACGCCCCUCCUCCUCUCUGACAAACCAAGCUUGAUUGUAAAGCUGAAGCUGAGUAAUGAGAAAAAAAUGAAAUCAAGAGAAACAAACUUAAAUGUAUAAACUUUCUUUCAGACAUGUGCAGAAGUUGAAGAGUAGCUGUUUGUUUUUGUUUUUAUAACAUUUUUUAAUGAGUUUCUUCUUGGAGUCCAUGGAACCCAGUCAGUUUAGUACUAAUUAUACCCUGUACAUUUAAUUUUAAUUUUUUUACUGUAAGUACUACUUAUUUAAGAUGACUUCAUUUCCUUUUCAUUUUUAGUUUUUCUUGAGGCUGGUUUUCACCAUCAAUACAAAUAUAAGAAUUACACCUGAUGAGGUUUUAGGGUUGUUUCUUGUGAAAGGAUCAAAUAACAUCGGACCUCAUUCUAGGAAGAAAAAUAAAUAAACCAGCCUCCUGAUCUAUCCUAUAACAUCUUGGGCCAACUCAUUUGUCAGCGAUGCAUUUGUACAGUGACGAGCAGGGCGGCGACUUACUGGCUGCUGAUUGACUGCUCCUCUGUUCACUAAUCACUACGUCAACAUGAGCCACCUGCUGCUUUGACUUCUAGGAAUUAUUUGCAUGUGCACACAGUUUCAAAAGCACACCCACUUUGAAUACGUCGGGGGUAUCUUUAGUCCUAAAAGUGUCUUUUUUCUCCCCUCACUCAAAAAUUGAAAUCUCAGUUUGUUAACUUUAACUUUAAAUGGAAUAGUUUGGGAAGUAUUCUCACGCGCGCGUAUUAUAAAUGAAAAGAUUGACACUGAUGUUGUCAUGUUUGUGUGGUAAAUAUGAGGCUAUUUUUUAAGUUUAAAGAAACAAUUCUCUUAAUUAAUAUUGUUGUGAAGUUUAUUUUUUACCAGAUAUAUAUAUAUAUAUAUUUAUUUAUAAAAAAUAAACUUUACAAUGCUAACAAUUCUGUCUAUAUACAGCUGCCUGUUGGGUUACCUCAGCUUAGCUUAAUGACAACAGGGGUUAACGGUUAGCCUGUCCCUGUCCACAGGUGUCAACAUCAAAAUAUAAAGCACCUUUUUAAAGCACAUAGUUAACACUUUAUUUAAAUGUCAUUAGAUUCAUCUGUGUGGAAAGUUAAAUGGACAAGUUGCCUUUAAUUAUGUUGAGCUUAAGAGGUGCUGGUAUUACCUUUGGACGAUGCCAGGCUUUAAAAGUUACCCACUUCACGUCGUUAUGCUAAGCUACGCUAACGUGUGUGUGUGUGUGUGUGUGUGUGUGUGUGUGUGUGUGUGUGUGUGGGUGCUGAGGGCUAGUGUUUGGCGGCCGAGGGAUGAUUUGGCAGAGCAGUAGGCAAGAGAACAGAAAAUAGAGAUGCACAUAAUUGCUACAUGUGUAUUAGUGAGUCACAGUGUAACACACACACAUGUACACACAGUGUGUAAGACUCUGCAUGGCGACCUGCAGAGCAUCACAUAAUAAUAGUUACAGUGAUGCAGCACUAACCCCAAACAACCCACAAAGGUGGCGGCUAGUUAGCAUAGCUUAGCUUAGCUUAAAGCCCGGAAGCAGGGGCAGACAGCGAGCUUGGCUCUCUCCAAAGGUAACUCACCUGUCACCUUUAAGGCUCACCAGGGUACAGGUGAUACCUUAGUCUGGCCGCUGUCGCUAGGCAACAGAGGCUCCAUGUUUCUAGUUCUUACACUAAACUAAGCUAACCGCGGCUACUGUAGCUUCAUAUUUAUCAAACCUACAAGAAAGGGGUUCAAUCUUCUCAUCAAAUCUCUCAGUUAUUACUCCAUUACGAGUAUUUACCAUAAAUGGAAAACUAUUCCUUUUUUAAAUUAAAAUAAAUCCGUUUUAUCAUCAACCUGACUUGAAUGAAUGGUGAACAGCUAAAGUCAAAGAGGAUGACAACUGCAGAGGAAUCGCACAACAUAAAACAAGCAUAAACACACACACACACACACUGAUGUUAUCCUGGAGAUGUCUGAUAAAUGUCGUUUUUUUAUUUUAUUAAAUCAUUAUGGGUUUUUUUAUCGUUCCAUGGCUGGUUGGGCUUUAAAUCUGAGGUUUGUGCGAUUGGUUGGUUGUUAGUUUGCCUUAUAGUGGCGUAUGUUGUGUUGACGCUGGUCCCGGAUCAGCAGAAUGAACUGUGCUGAAGUCAAAAUACAUCGAGAUGGAAAUCCACUUGUUGUGUGACACAAAGUGUGCAGUGAAAGUGAAAUUAUUUUCAGGUUGAGGUGAGAGAGCUGAGGCUCCUCAUUGGUGGACUGUGAAAUCAAAACGUCACUGAAUCGACUCAUCAUGUUGUGUUCCUCUCUCCCGUGUAUGCAUAUGUAUGUGUAUACGUAUCUUUUUAGCCUUUGAUUGAUUAUGAAGAAAAUAUAUAUAUUUAUAUUUUUUUGUAACCGUUCUCUGAUGUGCCAUAACUCAUGUUUUUUCUUGCACACUGUUAAUAUUUUGUCGAUAUUGCUGUUAAAAAAAAGACAAUAUUGAAAAGUAGAUCAUGUUAAUAAAAAGAUGAUAUUAUAA